AUGACUUCCAACUUGCCUGCGAGGUGCUGCACUGUGGGGGUCAAGCACAGUGGAGAAGCAACCGGGGAGUAUCGGGACAUUGACGGUGCCGAGACGUAUUUCGCAUAUCCCAAGGACGGAUCGACCACGCAUGGAGUUAUCCUCCUCACGGACGUCAUCGGUCACCGAUUCAUCAACUCGCAGCUCAUUGCUGACCAAUUUGCGGCGAAUGGGUAUCUGGUAGCGAUGCCCGACCUGUUCCACGGCGACCCGGUCAAGCUCAAUAGGCCUGCGACUUUUAAUCUGAUGAGCUGGCUGGAAGGACACCCGACUGAGAGGGUGGAUCCCAUUGUCGACUCGGUGAUUCAGUAUAUGCGCACACACCUCGGCUGCGAGAAGAUUGGGGCGGUCGGGCCCGAAGAGGGAAAGGUUGACGUCGGAUACAUCGCGCAUCCUGGUUUCGUUGAAUUGGAAGAACUCAGCGCGAUUACAGGGCCCCUGAGCAUUGCAGCCGCAGAGGCUGAUGACAUCUUUCCAACAUCAAAACGUCAUCAGUCAGAAGGCAUUCUUCGUGAUCGUGGCCAGCCAUACCAGAUCAAUCUCUAUGGUGGAGUCGAGCACGGGUUCGCCAUUCGCGCAGCCUUGACGGAUAAGGCGAAGAAGUUUGCAAAAGAGCAGGCAUUCCUGCAAGCAGUCCAAUGGUUUGAUGAAUUUAUCAAGUGUGGGAACUGA